ACUUCUGCUGAAUUAGUUUUCUGUGCUGCUGUUCAUUUCAGAAAACGUUUAAGUGACGGAGCAGCACGCGUCGAUGUCCGACUGGUUAUGACAACGUCACUGGUCCUGCGCCCGCGCUGGACCGACCCGGUCAUGUUUUUAUAUGACAACUCCAGUGCUCUGGACGACGCAGUCAGGAACAUGGACGCAUUUGCGGGAGGCAAUUUUGCACCGAGCUCGUGCAGAAAUCUCAUAGCUCCCAGCGCUGCCUACACGUCAAGUAAAGUGACUACUGCAGGAGUUGGUGAGCCUGGAAAACAGUGCAGCCCGUGCACGGCCUCGCAGGGAUCUGGCGGCGCAUCGCUGCCUUAUGGGUAUUAUGGCAGUGCUGGAUAUUACUCAUGCCAAGUGUCUCACUCCCACUGGGCUGGCAGUGGGGUUAAACCGUCCGCUCAUUCGCCAGCCUCUGCCGCCUCGCAACACGGAGAUAAAUAUACGGAUAUGACAACCCCGUCGGCCGAAGAUUAUCUAACUUCUCGAGCCAAGGAAUUCACAUUCUACCCGGGCUAUAGUUCGAGUCCGUACCAGCCCGUUGCCGGCUACUUGGAUGUACCUGUGGUGCAGGCUGUGAGCGGGCCAUCAGAGCACAGGAACGAGUCUUCUUUACUGCCUGUGGAAAGUUAUCAGCCGUGGGCGAUCAGCGCUAGCGGCUGGAACGCGCAAGCCUACAGUGACAAGGAGCAACCGCAUUCAAGAGACUUGUGGAAAUCAUCUGUACCAGGUAAAAAGAAACAUCAUGCAUCAGAUUCUUCAGGAAUUUCUUACCGGCGCGGCAGAAAGAAACGCGUCCCAUACACCAAGGUGCAACUGAAAGAACUCGAGCGCGAAUACGCGGCCAACAAGUUCAUCACCAAGGACAAGCGUAGGCGGAUAUCGGCCCUGACCAGCCUGUCUGAACGACAGGUGACCAUCUGGUUUCAGAACCGGCGCGUGAAAGAGAAAAAAGUUGUCAACAAAUUAAAAACUAACGGUUAAAAACAACAGAAAGGGACCAUCGGGUCUACGAACGGACACACAAAGCUAUACAUGUCAGUAAACGUUUUAGUGAAUUCUUCGUUUGCCUGGACUGCCGGUUCUCACACAAUACUUUUGUCAGAUUCAAAUGUAACGUUGAAGCGGAGCGACGUUUUCCGCUCUGCGCCAUGGCUGUGGUGCGCAGUGUGUGAUUUCCACAACUCUGGACUCACUAAGAGCUUCACUAACUCUCUGUGUUCUGAAAAUCCUAUAUUUACUCCUCUUAAAAAUGACACGAAUGUGGGUGCUGGCUAGUCAGUUGUUGACUGGAUCCGUGCUAAAAUUCAACGUUUUUUGUUUUUUUUUGCUCGUGGUCUCACACCUUGUGCUCAACGAUAAAUAUAAGGAGAAACCUCUUGAUAAAUUCUUUCCCUAUUUCAUGUACAGUACCAGUUUAAUAGGCUAAUUAUGUCUGUAUAAUUAGAAUAUUUUAUCCUUAUCCAUCUAAAUAGCCUUCUGGAGUGAUAGAGGUCAUCUGCCUGUAUGUUAAACGAAUGUUUUUCAGGUACGUCUCAAUUAAACCACUGAUAUGCUCAACGAUUGAACCGUUUUCUUUCGACGUCACCAUCUUCAAGUCACCAAAAGAAUUCUGCCUGAAAUGUUCAGUCAAUUUAUUCACACCUUUGUAAUAGGAUUCGUAAUUCCUCACGU